GCUUUAGACAAAAAGUUGAUCCAGAAAUUGCUGAUAUGGUCCGGGCAGAGGAUGCAUAUAAAGCAGAGGAUGUGGAUGAAGACAGCAGCUACAGCAUCUUUGUCUCUUACAUAGAAAUUUACAACAACUACAUAUACGACCUCUUGGAGGAAAAUCAGGAAGAUACAAUCAGACCGAAGUGGAAUGGUGGAGGCACACCUGUGCGCCAGAACACUGAGUUCAUGUAUGUGACCAGUGCCCGUUCAUACAUCAGAGUAGUGGCCAGAUUUAGAUGAGCUUAUGUUUUGCCAACAAGGAAAUAGAUUACU